UGGGGGGCGCCGGAGACGUUCAGUACCACACUGCCGCCACCUCGUACACCACCAACACCUGUAGUGCUCCCGGGAGUGGUGUUCCGUGUUCCUUGACACAGUUGCUCUGCGUUCCUUGACGCAGGUGUUCCUUGUUCCUUGACACAAGUGUUCCAUGCUACGUGUUCCUUGGCGAUGGAGAACGUUCAUCUAAUGCUGAAAUGGCUGGAGGAGGAGGUGGAGAGCAGCGUGGACGGCUUCCAGAGAUGGCAGCUAGUGGUGGCAACUGCUGCCUUCACUCUGACUGUGAUGGCUCUCAGGGAUCUCUUCAACCACAGAGAAGAUGUGUGGGAGGGCAUGAGGAAGCGAGCCUUCAGGAUGCUCCGCUCCAUUCCAGCUGUCCAGCGACGAAUAUCUGAGGUGCUUGAUGCGUCACGCAGAGAACUAGAGAAGGGCAUGUUUGCAUACAGUGGACGAACCAAGAACCGCGUGCCACUGAGGGUUCUGCCACCCACCGGUUGGUCCAAGGAACAGGUUCUUCAGGCAGCCUCUGACGACCUGGCUCAAGGCAAGUACGACUGGCGGGACGGCAAGAUCUCUGGAGGAACAUUUUCUGGUGGUAACGAUGUCUAUACCAACUUGCUGGAGCACCUGUAUGGCAAGUUUGCCCUCAGCAACCCUCUCCACGCUGAUGUCUUCCCUGGAGUGAGGAAGAUGGAGGCAGAGAUCGUGAGGAUGACCGUCUCACUCUUUCAUGGCAACGAGGAACAGUGCGGAUGUAUAACCUCAGGUGGGUCUGAGAGCAUCUUGAUGGCAGUGAAGGCAAUGCGGGACUGGGGUCGAGACGUGAAGGGCAUCAACAAGGCUGAGAUUGUAGCCUGCGUGACGGCCCACGCCGCCUUUAGCAAGGCUGCCGACAUACUGGGAAUGAAGCUUCGGCAGGUGAAGAUGGACCCAGAAACAUGUAAGGUGAACCUGUCGGCAAUGCGAAGGGCUAUCAAUGGCAACACUGUCAUGCUUGUAGCCUCUGCCCCCGGGUUCCCACACGGCAUUAUUGACGACGUGGAGGGCGUGGGUGCUCUUGGCCGGCGCCACGGGGUCCCCGUCCAUGUUGACUGCUGUAUGGGCGGCUUCCUCCUCCCCUUCAUGGAGCGCGCCGGCUACCCCUUGGCGCCCUUUGACUUCCGGGUGCCAGGCGUCACUAGCAUCUCCGCCGACACUCACAAGUACGGGAACGCUCCUAAGGGUUCAAGUGUGGUGAUGUACCGGAGCGGCGCGUUCCGCCACCACCAGUACUUCACCAAGAUGGACUGGCCGGGAGGUAUAUAUGGCACGCCCACCGUACCCGGAUCCCGUCCUGGAGGGUCUGUGGCUGUGUGCUGGGGAGCCCUGCUGUACCACGGAGUGGCCGGCUACACAGAGACAACACGCACCAUCAUCAACACGGCCAGAGGCAUCAAGAACCUGCUGAAGGCUGUGCCUGGUCUUGAGGUGUUCGGGGACCCUCUGACCUCCAUCGUGGCCUUCAGGAGCAAGGAGGAUGACAUCUACAAGAUUGGUGACAUCCUGGGCCAGCAUGGGUGGCAUCUUAACUUCAUCCAGUAUCCUCCCGGGAUACACAUCUGCGUGACGUCUCUACAAGCCGCUAGUGACUUCCCUCGACGUUUUGUGAGUGAUGUCAACGAUGCUGUUCAGGAAGUGCGGAAGAGACCGGAUGGUUUAGCUGGAGUCGGGAAGGUGUACGGUACCGCUGCUGGAAUACCAGAUAAAUCCUUGGUCGGCGAGGCUGCCAAAAUGCUUCUGACGUGUUACUACGAGACUGGACCAGCUGGCGGCCGUGGAAUAGAGGAAAUAGGUAAUGAGGAAGAUGGACAAGAAAUAUAAAAUUAAAAGGAAAUUCUCCUUUCUCUGUAAGUCUUAAAUUAGGAUUGCAUGUUUUUGGUUGACGUGGUGAGUAAGAGUUCCUUACCGCAGAUAAUAUGUGCGUUUUUUGGUCUAGCACAAAUCAAAUAUAUAUAUAUUGUAUUUAUAUGUAUAUUAUAUGGCUUGGUAUUAUUGCAUGAUGUGUAACUGUGGUGUAAUUAUUUGAUCAAUAAAGCCUCAAGUCCGGCAAAA